AUGAUACAGGAAGAAUCCCAUCGGAAGAGAUGCAUUACUGAACAUGGCAGGUGGGGAAGAGGGUCGGGUUAUCAACAUGACGUUGCUCUGAAUCCUGGAGAAUUCCCCUCUUUUCUCCCCAACAACAACAAUAAAGAAUUCAGCAUUCAACCAGAUCCAAUUCUCACCAAGUGCCUCAACGGCCUUCCCUUGCUUCCCUGA